GUCUGUGAGUGCUGGCACGAGCGGCGCGCACAGCCCAGGCGGCGGGCAGCCUGGGUUAUCUGAGCAGCUCCGUCUUGGGUGGCUGCGCCCAGAUCUCUGAGCGGCAGCGGCGAAGGCGAAACGCGCUGACAGACUUGGGAAGAAGAGAGAAGCCAGCCCCGGGCCCUGGUGGCUGAGGCGGGGAGCGGAGCAUGGAACAGAGUCAGGCAGUCCUGAAGUUGAGUUUGCGAGGCGACACGGCGGCGGCGGCCGCGCUGCUCCCGCUUCUCUGCCUCCCCAUGGAUAUGCACUGCAAAGCCGACCCCUUCUCCGCGAUGCACCCAGGGCACGGGGGUGUGAACCAGCUCGGGGGGGUGUUUGUGAACGGCCGGCCCCUCCCCGACGUGGUGAGGCAGCGCAUCGUGGAGUUGGCCCACCAGGGCGUGCGGCCCUGUGACAUCUCGCGGCAGCUGCGGGUCAGCCACGGCUGUGUCAGCAAAAUCCUGGGCAGGUACUACGAGACUGGCAGCAUCAAGCCUGGUGUGAUUGGUGGCUCCAAGCCCAAGGUGGCAACGCCCAAAGUGGUGGACAAGAUUGCUGAAUACAAACGACAGAACCCAACUAUGUUCGCCUGGGAGAUCCGUGACCGGCUCCUGGCUGAAGGCAUCUGUGACAACGACACUGUGCCCAGCGUCUCUUCCAUCAACAGGAUCAUCCGGACCAAAGUUCAGCAGCCUUUCCACCCAACGCCGGACGGGGCAGGGACAGGAGUGACUGCUCCUGGUCACACCAUCGUUCCCAGCACUGCCUCCCCUCCUGUUUCCAGCGCCUCCAAUGACCCAGUGGGAUCCUACUCCAUCAAUGGGAUCCUAGGGAUACCUCGCUCCAAUGGUGAGAAGAGGAAACGUGAUGAAGAUGUGUCUGAGGGCUCAGUCCCCAACGGAGACUCUCAGAGUGGCGUGGACAGUUUGCGGAAGCACCUGAGAGCUGACACCUUCACCCAGCAGCAGCUGGAAGCUUUGGAUAGAGUCUUUGAGCGUCCUUCCUACCCUGACGUCUUCCAGGCAUCAGAACACAUCAAAUCAGAACAGGGGAAUGAGUACUCCCUCCCAGCCCUGACCCCUGGGCUUGAUGAAGUCAAGUCGAGUCUAUCUGCAUCUACCAACCCUGAGCUGGGCAGCAAUGUGUCAGGCACACAGACAUACCCCGUCGUGACCGGUCGUGACAUGGCGAGCACCACCCUGCCUGGUUACCCCCCUCAUGUACCCCCUACUGGCCAGGGAAGCUACCCCACCUCCACCCUGGCAGGAAUGGUGCCUGGGAGCGAGUUCUCUGGCAACCCGUACAGCCACCCCCAGUACACCGCCUACAACGAGGCUUGGAGAUUCAGCAACCCCGCCUUACUAAGUUCCCCUUAUUAUUAUAGUGCCGCCCCCCGGGGCUCCGCCCCUGCCGCUGCUGCCGCUGCCUAUGACCGCCACUAGUUACCGCGGGGACCACAUCAAGCUUCAGGCCGACAGCUUCGGCCUCCACAUCGUCCCCGUCUGACCGCCCACCCUGGAGGGAGGGAGGACCAACGCGACGCGAAGCCUCUCGGCCACCGUCCCAGCCCCACCCCCAUCCCAAGACCCCCCGCAGCCCUCUCGUCAGCCAGCCGGAGGCCGGACGGGACGGGUGGAGCCGCGGGCGGGACCCUCCGGCCCAGGCCCCGCCCGCCGCCCCUCCGCGCCCGCCUGGGACUGUGCGGCG